CACACACAGGCUGCUUCCAUGGCUGCUAUUUUUGCUCUUGCGAUGGUUUUUUCGUUUCUUUCAGUUUUGGUUUGGAUGUUUCAACAGGGCAUGUCAAUAUACUGGUGGACUCCUAGACGUAUCAAAAAAUAUAUGGAAAAACAAGGAGUUCGUGGGCCGAAACCAAGCUUUUUAGUCGGAAACCUCUUCGACAUGGCGUCUCUUCUCGACAAAACCACCUCAUCUGACAUGCCCUAUCUCACCCAUGAUAUUGUUUCUCGUCUUCUGCCCCAUUAUAUCCUCUGGUCUAAAUUAUACGGAGAGAGAUUUAUAUUUUGGUGGGGAGUGGAGCCGAGGAUGUGUAUAUCAGAGACUGAGAUGAUCAAAGAACUUCUGUCUUCUAAGAACAGUUUGGUUUAUGGGAAAUCAGCUUUCCAGAAGCAGGGGUCCAAGCAUUUUAUUGGCAAGGGCUUGCUCAUGGCUAAUGGGGAUGAAUGGUUUCAUCAACGUCAUAUAGUUGCCCCUGCAUUUCAAGCUGAUAAACUCAAACGUCAUGUGGGAUACAUGAUUGAAUGCACGAACAGGACGAUACAGGCUUUGCAUGGUGCGGCGAAAGCAGGGGAAGAAGAUGUCGAGAUCUGCGGCUACCUCUGCAGAUUAACGGCUGAUAUAAUUUCAAGAACCGAAUUUGAUAGUUGCUAUGAGAAGGGGAAGCAGAUUUUUGAGCUUCUCACCUCACUUCAGCUUCUCUCUUCCAAGGCCAGUCGCCAUUUGUGGUUUCCCGGUAGCCGUUUCUUUCCGAGUAAAUUUAACAGAGAGAUAAAGAGUUUGAAAGGUGAGGUGGAGAAGCUAUUGCUUGAAAUUAUUGAGAGCCGGCGUGACUGUAUGGAAAUUGGGAGAAGUGCAUCUUAUGGAAAUGACCUUCUUGGCUUGCUUUUGGCUGAGACUGAGAAGAAAUACAAGAAGGGGGAAAGCGAUGAUGGCUUCUGUUUUACUACUCAGCAUUUGAUGGACGAGUGCAAGACAUUCUUUUUCACUGGUCACGAGACCACAGCACUGCUCCUGACCUGGACUAUCAUGCUUCUUGCCUCCAACCCUGGUUGGCAAGAGAGGGCUAAGGCUGAGGUGGAACAGGUCUGCGGCGGCUCUGCUCCUGCAGUUGAUCAUCUUCCUAAGCUCUCACUGGCUUAUGGUCACGACAUAGGGGUUCCAGAUGAGCAUGGUAUCCAGACAGUCAAGGGUUCACCCUUCACGGCCUUCGUGGUCACAAUUAGAGGCAUCUCGCCCCAAGGGAUGCGAGCCGUAUUUAUCAGGGCCAGGUUCGAGAUUAGUCGUUUGUUGUCGCUUAGUGGGUUGCGUGAGGAUAACCUGCAGCGGGCAGCUGCCAAUGGCAAUGUUGACUUGUGCACAAAACUUCUUGCUUGA